UGUUGUAGUUGGUGGGCUUUAUUCUAUAAACACAAUUCAAAAUCUAAAUCCUAAAAUGGGCAAAUUAUCGAUAUUAUAUGCUCUUUUUCUGAUAAUAACAUUGAACACCUCAACCAACACAAUCAAAGAAGUAAAAGGGGAUGCAGAAUUCAUCAAAAAAACAUGCAAAAACACAAAGUACUUCAAUCUAUGCAUCUCCUCCUUAAAAUCAGACCCCACAAGCUCAGUUUCAGAUCUGAAAGGCUUAGCAAGCAUUAUGAUCAACAUUGGAAUGGCAAAUGCAUCAGAAACUUACACAUAUUUAUCAUCCCAACUCCCAAGCACCAGUAUUAUAACUGAUCAUAAUACAAAGAUUUGGGAUUAGAGAAUUAUGAUUAUGCAAGAGUGGAUGUAAUGGGUGCUGCUGAUUACACUAAUGUUUGUCAUAAUGCAUUUAAAAGGCUAAGUGGGGUUACUUAUCCUGCUUUGCUUAAGGCUAGAGAAGAUGGGUUUAAGCAUAUUUGUAUUGUUGUUUUGGGUAUUAUUGAUCAACUUUCUAAUAUUAAUAUUAAUAAUAAUAAUAAUAAUAAUUGAUUUUUGGGUU